UAAGUUUCAAGAGCCGCAAUUGUUUUACACACACAGAGCGCGAGCCAGAGAGAGGAAAAAAAGAAGAAGAAGAGGGGUGAAAUUGGAAUUUGGAAAAUGACUACUGACUUACUGUUGCCACCGGGGUUCAGGUUCCAUCCGACCGAUGAGGAGCUCGUGAGGCACUAUCUUUGCCGGAAAUGUGCGUCACAGUCUAUCGCCGUCCCGAUCAUCGCCGAAAUUGAUCUCUACAAGUACGAUCCAUGGGAUCUUCCAGGUCUGGCGUUGUACGGUGAAAAGGAGUGGUACUUUUUCUCACCGAGGGACAGGAAGUAUCCGAACGGGUCAAGACCUAAUCGGGCGGCAGGGUCCGGGUACUGGAAGGCAACUGGGGCUGACAAGCCGAUUGGAGUGCCGAAGCCAGUCGGAAUCAAGAAGGCUUUGGUGUUCUACACCGGAAAAGCUCCCAAAGGAGAGAAAACCAACUGGAUUAUGCAUGAGUAUCGCUUAGCGGAUGUGGAUCGUUCCAUUCGCAAGAAGAACAACAGCUUAAGGCUGGACGACUGGGUACUGUGUCGCAUAUACAACAAGAAGGGCACCUUGGAGAAGCAAGGACAGGUCACAAACCGGAAGACAAACAUGGGGGAGAUUGAGGAGAAGAAACCGGAGAUCGCGACAAGUGUCAUGGAGAAUUCACAGCUGCCACCUGCUCCGACAGCCACCGCGACGAUGAAUGAUUACAUGUACUUCGACCCUUCCGACUCGAUACCGAGGCUGCACACGGACUCUAGCUGCUCGGAGCACGUGGUGUCGCCGGAAUUCACGGCGGAGGUUCAGAGUGAGCCCAAGUUGAAGGACUGGGGAACUUUAAAUACCCUCGAUUUCCCUUAUAAUUACAUCGACCCCACCGUGAGUAACAAUAAUAACAACGUGGGGUUUGCUUCACAGUUUCAGGGGAAUAAUCAGAUGUGGCAGCUCCAAGACAUGUUCAUGUACAUGCAGAAGCCGUUUUGAUUGAAUUUAUUUAGUCUUCGCAUCGAACGGGUAACACGAGACGAAGAAGUCAAUGAGUGUGCCCACGCGAGCGCGUAAGAUAAGAAAUGUAUGUAAAUACCUAGUAUUGGUGGAUGUCUUGUCUGUAGUCUGUUUUUCUUCUCUCUUUUUUUCCCAUUUUGAUGGUAGCCUUUAAGUUCAAGUAUCAUUUUGGCCAACUGGCUUUUAGGGAUGUUGCUAGGUAUUUUAGUUUUUUAAAUUGUUAUUCAACUUUUUUUGGGGAUGAAUGGAAUAUUAUAUAUAUUUAUAUUGAGUA